CAGGAAGAAGAAUCCCACGGAGCACUCCCCAGUCCACACCGCCCCAAUCUCCGUUGUGGCUUUUACCCUUUCGUCAGCACCAACACCGACUCUCCGACAGCCACUCCAAUGGCGGCAGGACUGUCCUCCACCAUAACCGCCGAACCCUUCCGUCCGUUCCACUCCCCACACCACAUCCCCAACCCCGCACCAUUAUUCUCUCCUUCGAUUCACCACAGAACAAUGGUCAGAACUCAGGAGAAAUCCAAAUUCACAGUCUGUUUCGUGUUGAAGGAAAAGAAACAGAAUCUCCGAAUGGAAACCAUCACGGAGGAAGAUCUAUCAGAUGGUAUUAAAGAUACCCAGAUCUUGAUACCAGCACAUGUGGCGGAGAAGCUGGCCCGAAAGAGAUCCGAGAGGAAAACCUACCUGGUCGCCGCAGUGAUGUCCAGUUUCGGCAUCACUUCCUUGGCCAUUAUGUCUGUUUACUACAGGUUUUCCUGGCAAAUGGAGGGUGGAGAGAUUCCUUACUCUGAAAUGUUUGGCACAUUUGCUUUAUCCGUUGGUGCCGCUGUGGGUAUGGAGUUUUGGGCGAGAUGGGCUCAUCGAGCUCUCUGGCAUGCUUCUUUGUGGCAUAUGCACGAGUCUCAUCAUCGUCCCAGAGAAGGUCCGUUCGAACUGAACGAUGUUUUCGCCAUCAUCAACGCCGCCCCCGCCAUUGCUCUGCUCUCCUACGGCUUCUUCAACCGGGGCCUCUUCCCGGGUCUCUGUUACGGCGCUGGAAUCGGAAUUACUGUGUUUGGGAUGGCGUAUAUGUUUAUCCACGAUGGUCUCGUGCACAAAAGAUUUCCGGUGGGUCCUAUCGCCAACGUGCCUUACUUCCGGAAAGUCGCUGCAGCUCACCAGAUACACCACUCGGAGAAACUCAAUGGUGUCCCAUAUGGGCUGUUUCUAGGACCCAAUGAAGUGGAAGAAGUGGGAGGGUUACAGGAAUUGGAGAAGGAGAUAAGGAGAAGAGCUAAAGCAUAAAAUUGAGCUUUUAAAGACCUAUUUUUGAGAAGUUGUUAUGGUAUAAAAAGAUUUAAUUGUCAUCAAUGAAAGUUUGUUUUUAGGUUGAUAUAUGUUUCAAUGAUAAGUAGAAAGAAAGAUGGGUGGAAGGACCGGUGUACCUAAGUAUGCCCAAGAUGCAAAGGUAUAAAUAGGUAUUCGUUUUUAAGUGAAAGAGUCAACUAUAGGUUGUUGAUUUUAAUUUAAUGGGUUAUAUAUUUUAAUAAUAAAAAAUAAUUAUUAGU